AUGCACGGUGAAGUCUAUUUUAAUACUUAUGGCGGUAUUGAUGGUUAUUGUAAUGACAACGAAGACGGAGCACAGAAUUCCAGUGAUUGCUAG